ACACUCCGUCUCUUUUAGCGGGUUCGUGACCGACAAUAUUCUUAAACCUAAAAGUCAAACAAGCCACCAAUAAAAGAAGCCAGUUUCUUGCCAUGGUAUUACAUACAUCUUUUUACUUGGCAAUGUAUAUUCGUGUGAAGCGCACGAAAGCCACUUACUUUAUCCAAUGCGAUCCGACCGAGACUGUUUUGGAUGUGAAGCAGAAACUGUUCACCCUCAUUGAGCAACCAGUUAGUAACCAGCGUCUGGUCUUAUUGUCUACUGAAGAAGUAUUAGAGGAUUCGAAAUCUCUAGCUGAGCAGAAGGUUGAGAACGAUGCAGUCGUGGCUCUGACUUUGAGAAAAGAUGAUAACGAGUUCGAGGAUGUCGACAUUCCCCGGCCUGCCGACUUCUCAAUCUCAUGAAGAAUGUAAACUCAGGAGAACAUUUGCAUCAACAGGAGAAGAGUAUAUUAUUAAAAACGCAAGGAGGAGUUUAUAAACGCUUUAAGUUGUUUCAUUUUAUCUCUGCGUUGUGUCAACAAAUGCCUCUUUAGUUUGUUACAGACAGUUGGUUGUAAUUAAAGAUACUGAGAUGUGGAACUGCAACUUGCAAGAUUACUAGU